AAUGUCACGAAUUUUGGUCGCGUUUCUGCUGCUGGCAGUGACCAGCUCCCUGGCGGAUCCUCUUUACCGGAAUGAGGAGGAGCAGGUGCCCCAGCUCGAUGGACGCAUUGUCGGUGGACAGAACACGAACAUCACCCACUAUCCGCACCAGAUCUCUAUGCGGUAUAAUGGAAAUCACCGUUGCGGAGGCACCGUUUACACCCCAAACAUAAUCAUCAGUGCGGCCCAUUGUGUGAACACGUUGACUGGUCCGGAUAACCUGACCAUUGUGGCCGGUUCCUCGAACAUCUGGUUCCCCACUGGACCACAGCAGGUGCUGGCUGUCCGUGAGUUCAUCAUUCAUCCGAAAUACCGCACCCUCAACAACGAUUACGAUGCGGCCAUUUUGAUUCUGGAUGGAGAGUUUGUGUUCAAUGAGGCAGUACAACCCAUUGAGCUGGCCAAGGAGCGUCCGGAACACGAUACACCCGUCACGGUGACCGGCUGGGGCACCACCAGUGAGGGAGGCACCAUCUCCGACGUCCUUCAGGAGGUCAGCGUGAAUGUGGUGGAGAACACGCAGUGCAAGAGCGCCUACUCCAUCAUGCUGACCAGUCGAAUGCUCUGCGCCGGCGUCACCGGCGGCGGAAAGGAUGCCUGCCAGGGCGAUUCCGGCGGUCCACUGGUCUACAACAACGAACUCCUGGGCAUUGUGUCCUGGGGAACGGGAUGUGCCCGCGAGAAGUAUCCUGGAGUCUAUGCCUCCGUUCCGGAUGUUCGAGAUUGGAUAGAGGAGGCCGUUGAUGCCAACUCCUAUGUGGGCAAAGUUGACUUCCUCUAAAUUAAAGUUAUAAUUGUACCCUGUAGCUAGUUUUCUUAUGACCACCCGAAUUACAUAAGGAGAUUACCAAUGUGCGGCUCGCUUUAGUCGAUAACAUAGUA